AUGGAGUUUAGAUCUAUUCCAAAGCCUAUUGCUAGUGAAGAUAUUGAACUGAUUAAUGGAGAGAAAUUUAUCAAUGAUUUUGACUCUUUUUGUAAUUUAGAAGAUGCAAAUAAAAGACUCCCAUCCAUUAGGAAAACAGGAGAAGCAGCACGAUUUUUGUUUAGUCCAACCCAAUGCAAAGAAUUUUUAAGUAAGUUAGUUAAAGAGAUAGAAAAAGAAGAAACAGUUAGUAUUAAAGUUAUUGGUAUUCAACAACUGAUUUUCUUUAUUGAAAAGUGUCAUUCAGAAAAUAUUAGUUUAUAUAAUGAAUUAUAUGGAUUAAUGAAAGAAUUAGUAAAAGAUGAAACAGAAGAAAUAGCAUUAGCAGCAAAAGAUGUAAUGAAGAAAUUAGGAGAAUAUUUAAAUGAAGAUAAAGAAAUUGAAGAGUAUUUAGACCAAGUAGACUCAUUAAUAGGAAAUGUAGAUGGAUUUAUAAGUUCAAUAGGACUUGAUUUACUUAUUUAUUUUGCAGCUAAAUCAUCAAAAGAAAAUGUAAAAAAAUUUAUUUUUAAUAGAUUAAAGAAAAUGUCACAAAGUAUUCAAUUUGUCAUGAGAAAAGGAGCUGUUACUACAUUCCCAGCAAUAUUAUCAAAUAUUGAAGAAGAAGAUAUUCCAGAAGUACUUUCAAUAUUUGAUGAAUUAUCAAAAGACUCAGUUUAUUCAGUUAGAAAAACAUGUGUUGUUGUAUUAAAUCAAAUUCUUAAUAUAUUUAUUAAUAAUAAAUCAAAAGUAUUAGAAUAUAUUAUUCAGUUUAUUGAAGAUAAUUCUAGAUAUGUUAGAUUCCAAGUUAUUGUUAAUUUUGGUAAGUUUAUUCAAUUCAUUGGUAAAGACUUAAUUAAUCAAAAAAUUAUUGAUUUCUUUAAUAAUAAUUGUGGAACAGAAGCAGAUUCAGAACAACAAUAUUAUGCUGCCUAUUAUUUUGUUACUUUAAUUCAAACUAUUGGUGCUAAUCAAUGGAAUCUUGUUGCUGAUUCUUUUAGUAAAUUAGCACUUAGUGUACAUUGGAAAAAUAGAAAAUGUAUUGCAUCAUCAUUACAUUUAUUGGCACAUGAAGUUGGAAAUGAAAUUACAAUGAGUUAUCUUAUUCCAGCACUUGAUAAAUAUCUUCAAGAUUAUGAAGAAAUACAAGAAGUAUCAAUGAUGCAUGUAGUUGAUUUUAUUCCAAUUCUUGGACAAGAGAAAUCAGUUACAAUUAUUACUUUAUUACAAAAGAGUGUUCAAUCUCCUGAUUGGAGAAUAAGAAAGUCUAUUGCAAAACAAUUAGGAUUAUUAGCACAAAGCACACCAAUGUAUUCAUCUUAUGUUGAAGAAAUUUGUGUUGCAUUACUUAUUGAUAAUGUUAAUAAAGUUAGGCAUGCAGCAGCAAAAAGAAUGGGUGAUGUAAUUAACGCUUUUUUGACUUGUGGAUAUGUUGGAGCAUCUUCAUUAAUUCAAAAAUUAACAGAUAUGUCUAAAGAUCCAAUGAAAGUUAGAAGAAUUGAUUUUGUAACUGUUGCUACAUCAUUAUUUGUUGCUCUUCCACCAGACCAAUUUAAUCCAUAUAUUCUUCCAUCUUUAGAAUUUGCAAGUAAAGAUAAAGUUAGUGAAAUUAGAAUUGCUGUAGCAACAAACAUUAAAAAAGUAAUGGAAAAACAUAAACAUUAUAAUGAUGAAAUCAAAAAACUUUCAGAACAAUUAAAACAAGACGAAGACGUUGAUGUUAAAUUUAUUAUGGAAAAUGGACCUAUCGAAUUGUUUAAAAGAAAGAAGGUCGUCACUUCUAUUGUCGAAGAUCCAUGUGAAAGAAUUGUCUCAUUUGAGGGAUUUGGAAGAAAGUAA